UCUAUAUCCAUUUCUCACGUCACGUUCGUCAUUAUUCCUGUGCCUUUUCGAUUACACACCUUGAAUCUAGGGUUCCAUGGAUACCGGUGGAAAGAUCAAGAAAGGUGCCGGAGGAAGAAAAGGAGGUGGACCUAAGAAGAAGCCAGUUUCGAGGUCCGUCAAAGCCGGUCUCCAGUUCCCCGUUGGAAGAAUUGGCCGUUACUUGAAGAAAGGAAGAUACUCGCAGCGCGUCGGAACUGGUGCUCCCGUUUACUUGGCCGCUGUUCUAGAAUAUCUCGCCGCUGAGGUGCUUGAGUUAGCUGGAAAUGCAGCGCGUGAUAACAAGAAGAAUAGGAUUAUUCCGAGGCACGUUCUUCUUGCUGUGAGGAACGACGAAGAGCUUGGGAAAUUGCUGGCUGGUGUGACCAUUGCUCAUGGUGGUGUUCUUCCUAACAUUAACCCUGUUUUGUUGCCUAAGAAGACUGAGAAAGCUGCCAAGGAGCCCAAGUCUCCUUCUAAGGCUACCAAGUCUCCCAAAAAGGCCUAAUUGACUUUGUUUGAUUUUAGUUCAUUCCUUUUUAGUAUGUAAAUUGUGUUUAGGUACUUUUUGUAACAACAAAUUUUAUGCGUUUUAAUUGAAACGUGCAAUUCUGAUUUCCUGUAUCUUUUCGUCGGUUGAGUGAAACGUGUUUCGAUGCGUCUAGGGUUUUUCGCGCUAUGAUUGAUGGUGUUUUCAGCUAUGUUAAAUAGAGAAUUAUGCGC